AUGCAGCUUGUGAUGUUAAGGUCCAAAAAGACGCACCCCCUUGCGUCUGGAUGCCAUGCGGACGCCCUGCGUAAGGAUGGCGCCGCCCACCACCACCGUGGCGGCGGCAGCAGCGUGUCGGACCGCGACCCCGGCUACGCCCUGGGCAGCGUGGCGGUGGAGAGGGGCGUGGCGCGACUCUUCAGGGCGCGCACCAAGAUCACGGGGACCGUGAAGUUCACGCAGGCCGCCCUCCUGGGGGCGAUCGCCGCCUCCGGCCUCAAGUCCCUGGCCGAGAGCGUGCGCCUGCAGACCCUCGGCCGCGCAAGCCUGCAGCAGCUGCAGCUUGACGCCGCCUACCUCCGCCCCCGCCUGCUGCGCCUCGUGGGCGGCGGCGGCGGCGGCGGCGGCGGCGCGGAGGGCGUGGCCCAGCUGGUGGACGAGGUGGUGGCUGCAGGGGCGGAGCGCGCGGUGGAGGCGGGGCAGCUGCUGGACCAGGCGGCGCUGGACAGGAUACUGGCCGCAGCGGGAGAGGGCGGCGCGGCGUGA